CUUGCGCCAUGGCCACCUCUGCCGCUGCCUCCGAGCAUUUCGAGAAGCUGCACGAGAUCUUCCGCGGCCUCCAUGAGGACCUGCAGGGGGUGCCCGAGCGGAUGCUGGGGACAGCGGGGACCGAAGAGAAGAAGAAGUUGAUCAGAGAUUUUGAUGAAAAACAACAAGAAGCAAAUGAAACGCUGGCAGAGAUGGAGGAAGAACUACGUUAUGCACCCCUAUCUUUCCGUAAUCCUAUGAUGUCCAAACUUCGAACCUACCGGAAAGACCUUGCCAAACUGCAUCGGGAAGUGAGAAGCACACCUUUGACAGCCACACCUGGGGGCCGAGGAGACCUGAAAUUCAGUACCUAUGCUGUAGAGAACAAGCACAUGAAUCGACUACAGUCUCAAAGGGCCUUGCUUCUGCAAGGCACUGACAACUUGAACCGGGCCACCCAGAGUAUUGAGCGUUCUCAUCGGAUUGCCACGGAGACUGACCAGACUGGCUCUGAAAUCAUAGAGGAACUGGGGGAGCAAAGAGAACCGCUGGAACGUACCAAGAGCAGACUGGUAAACACAAAUGAAAACUUGAGCAAAAGUCGGAAGAUUCUCCGGUCAAUGUCCAGAAAAGUGGUGACCAAUAAACUGCUGCUUUCCAUUGUCAUCUUACUGGAGCUCAUUAUCCUGGGAUGCCUGGUUUAUUACAAAUUCUUUCGCAAGCACUGAAUUUUCUAUAAAGAAGGAUUUAUGGACCAGAACUUUGACCCUCUGAAUGAAUAUGAGGAACAUGGAAUAAACUGAGUUGCUGCUGUGGGCUAACAGUCCAAGGAUGCACUGUACAGUCAAAUGGGAGGAGGGAGGGAAGAUGGAGAACCACUUAAAUAUGAAGGAACAUCAACAAGACCAGAAUGAUAUACCA